AGGAGGUGAUGGGGACAGUCCCAUCCCAUGUGGCAGAGCUGUCUGGUGCUCGCUGGCAGUGCCACCAGGGUCUGCUUUCCUCUUUCCCCCUGUAUGAAAAGCACUUAGGAUGUAGGACGUGCCCUCUGUGGCUCUGAGCAGAGUUUCCAUCCUGAUCCCUUUUGGCAGCCCCAUGCAGAAGUGAUGGAGAGUUUAGGGGAUUCCAGGGCAAACAUGGUCAGGUGCCUGCAGCAUUCCUGGGUCUCAGGAGCUGGUCCCUCUGCUACAAAAUUUGACUCUUAAACAUUUGUGGGUUUAAGAAAUUGGAAAAGGGGAAAGUGCUUGUGCCCAGGAGCACUCCUGCCAGCACAGCACCCUCAGAGAUGGUGCAACUACCCUCAGAGCUCAGGCGUUUCCUCCUGAAAUAAAUGGGAGUAGUUUUAAUGAUGGAAAACCUUUUCCAGAAAGGGAAUCUCCUCCUCUUGGGAAACAAUGCAGAACCACCACUGCCAGCCUGGGAUCUGCAGGGACCUGUAUACCACAUACUCUUUAAUUUAAUAGCCUGGAAAAUGUGAGCAUCUAUCUGCAUGUCAUUAAAGUCCCGGUGAAACUCCUGGGAGUGUGUUUGCCAGUGCUGGCCCCAGCAGGACUUGGGGCUGUCCCUCUUUCACCCUCACAACUCCUUUGCUGGCCAGAAGAGCAGGUUGUCCUCAGUUUCCCUCCCUGUCCUUGCAUUGCAUGUCAUAUUUUUAAAGCUCUUGUGAGCUCCUUGUCCCUCCCAAGGUGCUUCCCUCUCACUGUGUUAUGUUGCAAGAAAUGUAGAAAGAACAAGAUGGGAACUGAUAGACUGCAGGAAAAGAAGUGUAUUCAUUAAAAUGGCAAAAUGAACCACGUUUCCCCUUAUUAAUUCCCUCCUUACAGCAUUUCCAGCCCAGGCAUGUACCUGUGAUACUUCCAUGGACCCGUGUGGUCCAGGAGCAUCUCUGAGGUGCGUGUGUGCGCAUCUGUGAGUCUCUUGGUUGUCUGAGCAACGGGACGUUCAUCACUAACUCCCAGGAUAAUUAACUCAUUUUUCUGUAUUUAUAGCAAACCAGUACGGGGAGUGUUGGCAUUUGUCCCUGAGGGAGCCACAUUUGGCCACAAUGUUUUGAAUUUUGGCCAUUUCUUGCAUUACGGCGGCUUUGUCAUCAUUCCCCGCUGCCUGCUCAUUAAGUGGGCAGCUCAUUAAGCUAACAAGGGCAGGGGUGAUGAUGGAUGCCUGAGCCAGGCUGCCCAUGGGUGCCCUGCUCCUGGUUUGCCGGUGCAGGGAGUGUUUGCAGCAGCAUUCCCAUCUCCAGAUGCCUGCAUAUGCCUGUGCUAGCAGCAGCGUCGCUCCCGGCUUGGCUGCUGGCAAGGGGAAAUUUUACUGCUUCAAGGUUUGUUGCAGGGAUCUGAUGCAAGGAAACGUUGGAGCAUCCUGACUCAGCACCGCAGCGGUGGGGGACCCGUGGGAAAGACACGGAGCAUCUUCUCUCAGCACCAGGGCAUGCGUAUGCCAGCAGGGGAUGAGUGAGGAGCAGCUCCCUGCAUCUCCCCACUGCCCCACCACACGGGAGGACACCAAUGUCUCGGCCUCUGUGUACCCCCAGUACUGGGUGGAGCCUCGGUUCACCCAAGCAGCGAAGGUCCGUGUGAUCAUCACAGCCAUCUUCUUCCUGCUGGCAGCAGGCAGCAACACAGCAGUGCUGGGCAGCCUGCUGAGGAAGAGGAGGAAAUCCCACGUGCAGCCGCUGAUCCUCAGCCUGGCGCUGGCCGACCUGCUGGUGACAGUGAUGGUGAUGCCCCUGGAUGCGGCGUGGAACGUGACAGUGCAGUGGUAUGGAGGGGACAUCUCCUGCAAGAUUCUCAACUUCCUCAAGCUCUUUGCUAUGUAUGCAGCUGCCCUGGUACUGGUGGUCAUCAGCCUGGACCGGCACGCAGCCAUCCUCCAUCCCUUCUCCCGUGCUCACCGCCGCAAUGGGAUGCUGCUCCGUGCUGCCUGGGGUGGCAGUGUACUCCUGGCUUUGCCCCAGCUCUUCCUCUUCCACCUGAACACAAUCCCAGGAGGGAAUUUCACCCAGUGUGUUACUCACGGAAGCUUCCGAGCACACUGGGAGGAAACCGUCUACAACAUGUUCACCUUCACCACCCUCUACAUCACCCCCCUGAGUGUCAUGAUCGUUUGCUACAUCCGGAUCCUUUGGGAGAUCAGUAAGCAGCUAAAGGUCAAUAAAGGUUUGACAAGAAAUCAAAACAACCACAUCUCCAAGGCACGCAUGAAGACUCUCAAGAUGACCAUAGUGAUUGUUGCCACCUUCAUCAUCUGCUGGACCCCUUACUAUCUCCUGGGCUUGUGGUACUGGUUCCAGCCAGCCAUGAUCCAGAAGAUGCCAGAGUAUGUCAACCACAGCUUCUUCCUCUUUGGCUUGCUGCACACAUGCACUGACCCUAUCAUUUAUGGACUGUACACCCCUUCCUUUCGGGAGGAUGUGCAGUUGUGUCUCAGGGGGAUUGAAACAGCCAUCACCAGGCACAAGAGACACAAACCCAUCUCAGCUUCAGAGAAGAACAUCAAGGAUGGUGCUGCAAAUGGUGGGGUGGCAUCAGGGGGCUCCAACGGGACAACUGUCAGCACGGUCUGAUGAAGAGAUGCACCCACAAGGGGAUGCCAGGCACAGUUUUGGGGCUGUUUUGUCCUGUAGGACCAUUUUGGAGACUGUCAUGAUGAGGUUCUCUACUCAGCUUUGGUGAGUGAGGGUCUCUGGCCAGACACUGAGAAUGUGUCUUCUGGUUGUACUCAGGGUGAAAAAUAUUUGGGGUAUUUAUGGUCAUUCUGCUGUACUCUGGCAGCACCAUGACAACUAGAAAAACAUUCUUUUUGUACCUGACACAUGCUCCAGCCCUGAUUCUGGGAACAAGCUUCUCCACACUUCCAGCAUCAACCCCUGGGAGGGAAUUUAUGAUCUCCUCUGUGAUCCAGGGUAAUGUCACUGGAGUGGCUGGUCUUCAAGUGCCCUUUGCACCUACACCCAGCUGUAGAGCUGCAUGGAUGGUGUCACCCUGAUCCUGCAAAGGUGUGAUUACAGGCUUUUACUCUGUUUUCUCCAGUUAUUGUAGGAAAAGCUCUCUGGAAAUUUCAGAACCUGCCUGGCUCUCCCAUGGCUAUGUGACAAGCCCUGGGAAAGAUCUAAAUAUUUAGAGGUUGACUAAUGCAGGGGCAUUCCUGCCUCAGGCAUGGUGGGCAGGGAGGGAAUGCUGUGGGGAUGGAAGACUCAGGCAAGAGAGGUACAAAGAACCCCAGUGGGGUGGGGUGAGGUUUCUUCUCUCUUUUGAAGAGAGACAGAAGGGAAAACAGUCCCUCCUACUGUUUUCUGGUGUGAAGGGGUUGGUACAGACAGACACAUCAUUGCACAGCAGCUCUGUGGGACACAGGGCAAUCCAAGAGGGAGGGUAUUUGGGGUAAUGAGAACCAAACCUGUCUAGCCUCCCUGACCUUUCUGUCCCCAUGUCCCAGAGCACAAGCUGGCAGGUUGCAGGCCACGUUUGCUUUGCUCUAAGCAACACCAGCCCCUCAGCUCUGCCCCAGCAGAGCAGGUGCAGCCACCCCAUAGGGGCUGUCUGAGGUGUCCCAACAAAUGAAGUGAUGGGAAGCACCUUCAGUGACAGAUGCAAAUGGGGGUAAGGAGGGCUUCUGGAAGGAUCAGCUGAGCUGUGGUGAGUAACAUGGGUUGUUUGCUUUCUACCAUUGUGCCAAAAGUUGCUUGUUAAGGCAGAGGUCUCUUCUCUGGGUGUGGGUUGAAGAGAUGAGUUGUUCAAAUGUGUUGUCCUUUCCAGGUAAUUAGAAACAGUGGAUUAUUUCUUUUUUUUAUUCUCUGAUGAUUGUUAUUAAAUGUGGGGUAUGCUUUUGAAGAGAAAUUUAGUUUUAAGCCAGGUGGGUUGUUGUUUUCUUAGUUUAGUUAAACCUUUGGAUAGCUCAGGAGCUCUGGACUUGGCAGGAGGCAGUUCCUAGGCUAUUUUUGUGGCCACCACAACUUUGAAUGAGCAUCUGGAUUUUAUCAGAAUGAAAGAACUCUGUUUUAAAAACAACUCUUGUCUUGCUGUGGCUGUGUGUGUAGGAAGCUGGGAGAUGUCUUCCCCUCCAGAAGACAAAUCUCCUUUGGGCACUGAGGGGGCUUUUCCACAACCCUCUUUCCAAGAGGUGUUGGCUCCCCAUCAGCCAGAAAGGAUCUGCACUGGUCUCACAGUGCCCCAGCUAAUAAAUUAUUGAAAUUGGAGGGGUGGCAAGCAGUUCUUGCAGCUGGCUGAGGCUGGGCAAUGAGGACACAGGAAGCCACAGUGUUCAGGGUGAUGCUGAGCUGCACAUGGGUACUAAUUAUUAUUUAUGCUAAACAUGUAGCCCAAGGAGAAGAAAAAAAUCAAUUAGAACUGCAGGAGCCCAGACCAACUGGUGGGGAUUAGCAUGAGCCAUUUAGGAAGCAUCCAAACUCCAAUGAGAUGCGUAAUCGCAAGUUUGGCUUUCCUGGGCUCGUUCUGCUCAGUGUUAAUUACCCAGAGCUAACAGAGCAGGGGUUGGAUGAUGCCAGGCUGGCAAAAAAGGGCUCCUUGGAAGGUGAUGGGAGGGCUUGCACUAGGGAAGCUAAUUCAUCAGACACUACUUUGGUCUCUUUGUUUAUACUGCUGAUGAUGGGAGGCAGACCUUGAAGGUGUGUUGGUUUUCUGGCGAGCCUUGAAUAAGCAGGAAAGUGUCUUUAAUCUACUGAAAACUGUCUUCAUCCAUUUUUUGCUGAGUGGGAGAGAACAGAUCCAACAUUGCUCAUGCACAUGUCUUCUCUUGCCCAGCAACAGGAAGGCUCAGAGGUCUUCUCUGAGGAGCAAGAAACACUUUUUUCCUUGUGGGAAGGAUUCACCACCUUUACACCCCAUGGGUGAAAAGGCAAAAGCAGGUUUGGAUUUAGGGGGACUCAGUGAUCUUACAAUGAUUUAAGUUGGAAAAGAUGAAGAGUAGGAAAAUGGGGAUUCUGGCAAGCAUAUGUACCUUAGUCCUUAGGGGAAGCAUGGCCCAUUCCUUGGGAUUCUUGCAGGCACUCCAGCACUGCUCCUUUUGUCCAUCUUUCUCAUACCUUCCCUCCCAUUGCUGAUGUUCAAAGUGACAUCUUGUGGAGCCUGAAGUGUGGGCAAGGUGCCCAAAGUGACAGCUUUCAUGAGAGAAGGAAAAUGUCACUGGAGGCGUGUGCUGCCAAGCCAUGUGCCCACUGCAUGUAAAAAGGGGGAGUGAGCAGGUGGGCAGCACCUCCCUGGGGAAGGUGGGAUCAGUCUGGGUCCUGCCAGAGGUGGACCAAAGCCCAGGCCUUGUUUGAAUAUUCCUGCAUUUCUGAUUCUGCUUUUCUUAUAUUUGCUCACACUUUAGAGAGCACAAAAUUUUUGCAUCACUUAUUGGGAGUGUCAAUCGAGUCUCUCUUUUCCCCCUGCCCCAGGGGUGGUCCUGCUUUCUGUGGUGCUUCCCUCUUUUCCCCACAAUGCCUCAAACCCUUUGUCUCCUCAGCUGGCUCCUGAGAUCUCUGUAUAUAAAUAAAUAUAGAGAGAGAGGGGAAAAAAAUUAGAUAGAUAUUAUCUAAUUCUGCUUGUUGGAGGAAAAUUCUCCACCUGCUCAUUCCCACCAAGGAAACACCAGUUACCACACUUCUUGCAGUCCCAGCCAGGAUCAGAUUUGUCUGAUUCAGUAACAAUUCCUUAAUAUUCACCCCAGUAAUGUAAUGAACAUAUUAAUAAGAGCAGGUAGCUCUGUAUUUUACAACUCCUCGACCUCUCCCUGGGCCGCCCGCUUCAAACACAGCGGCCCUUUGUUGGGGAGGAAAUUCUGAUUCAUUCCCUGUUAGUGUUUUUAUAGCACUGUGCAUGUUCAAAGAGCCACGCAAGUGGCUUAAGAGGCUAACACAAACCUUGGGUUAAUUCAUAAUACUGUUAGUUACUCAGCACAAUACCCGCAUUAAUCCAGCUGACUGCACCUCACCACGUUGGGAAACACAUGCUGAAAUCAGCAGGGAGCUCAGAAAACAAGCGUGGGAGUAGGAUAUUAAGUAUUUUGCCAGGCUGCUAGGUAGGAUCUGAGCACCUUAAAUGUAUUUAAAGUAUUUUCCCACUGCUGUAGCCUCGCUUCGCAGCUGUGGAGCUGAAGCAAUGAGGCUGUGCCCAGAAUCCCUGCAGGCCUGAGCAUGAGAGAUCGGGCUACAAGCUCUCCAAGGGAUACUCCAGACACAUCCAUCAGGACUCAGCCCCCACCUGCAACCACCUCCUUUAUUUUUGGGUCUAUUCAAACUGAUCAAAGCGGAAAAAGCUGAUUUUUUUUUUUUCCUUUGAUACCUGCUGAUUUCAUUGCAGAGCUGGACUGUGCAUGUCUGCCAUGAGCCCCCACAAUGCUUUUUCUCUGGGGACAUAGCCUGGAGCUAUUAUUACUUCUGCUUACUCUCAGAAACUUUCCUAUGCAAAGAAACCCUAAGAAAAGAGCUUUAAAUCCCUGCUGUGUUCUUUUCAUCUGGCUCAGGAGCUCCCAGGUUUGUGCCUUUCCUGCAGUGCCAGCAGACAGCCAUCCCACAACUGCUGCUCAGCCUCCUCUUUUUCCAAAGGGGCCCAAAGAGCCCAUCUGCUCAAAAGAUGGGGUUUCUUUCAGACAAACCAGGCUUUUAACAAACCAGUACCCUUUAGACAGCAUCAAAUACCUCCAGGUUUUCUGGCUAGCACGUAACUUCCCCUAAACUUGUAUAUUUACAUGGCACAACAUUUAAUAUAACAUGCUGAGGAAGACCAAAAAUGGGCAAACAUUUCCAGGACCCCCAUGCAUGUCUCAAACCCCAAGUUUCUGCUUUGAAAUAUCAAGGAGUAAAUUAUAAAGUAGUUGAACCUGUUGCACAAUAAAUUAUUUGUUUAUGUAUAUUUUAAUUGCAAAUCUGCUACAAUUAACACAGACACUUCUUGGGCUGAAGAGGAGCUGCAGUGUACUUUGACAGUGAGCAUUAUUAACAGACUGUAAAAGGCAAUGGGGAAUUGGAUUAUAAUGUUCUUGUUUUGCAAGCUGUAUGGUGAAAAAAUAAAUUUGUUCUGGCAGCAAAAUUAACUGGGAUAAGUGUGUCUAGCUCCAGUCACCAAUAAGAGGGGUUGCUGUAAAUGAACUUGUUCUCAGCCUUGAAUUAAAAAACCUGAUUACCAGGACAUUACUUCUGGCAAUUAGGUACCAGAACAACAUCAGAAAAAGAUAUUUUCUUUGAAAUAUUUAAUGGGUAAGGUAAUCACAGACUCAUUUACUGGAAAUAUGUGAUGAGUUGGGGUUUUUUUGUCGUUAGGGUUCACUGUGCAAUGAAAAUCUGCUUUUAUCAAAUCUACUAAAGGCUGGAUUGAGACUGAACUGUGGCACACAUCUGACUUUUCUUUGCCUAGAAUCCCUGGGUCUUCAUGGGGUUAUCCCAUGCCCAGUUACUAAUCAAAGGACAGUGCUUUGCUCCUUUUUCUGUUUCAGGCAUUUGAAGGCUGCUUUGUGACAACAGCAAACACAAAUGACUUGACAGGAGGGAGAGAGGAGAGAGCAUUGCCCUGUGAAUGCUGCAUUACUAACUUGCACAUGGUGUAUUCUCUAACAAACCCCCAGUUUGGUAAGAACAACCCUUAUUCAGUGUUGAUGCUGAAAACCCUGAGUUUGUCUAAUCUGCACAGUAAGCUAGGAUAAGAAAGAUUAUGGCUGAGACCACAAGCCUUGUAGAUGUUUGUGCUGUUUUUGUCCAGGAUAGAGUGAAUUUUCCUCAUAGCAGUGUAGUAAUGAUGUUUUGGAUUUGUGCUUAGCUGCCAGCUGGGAUUAAAAUACAACAAUGUUCUACAGAGGGGAAAAAAACAUACUAGAAACCAUUUAAGUUCUUCCAUUUGGCGGUUGUUUUAUUUUUUUUUUGUUGGUGUUUUUUUUCUUUUUCAUUUUGGAUUUUUUUUUGUUUCUUUUCCCUUACAAUCAUUAUGUUCAAAUAUAAAAAUUCCUGGCCAAAGUUAGUGUUAAAAGUUUAAAAGUAAUUCCAUCUGCAUUGAUACAUGUCAAACAUCACUAGAUUCAGUUUCU